UCAUUGCAGUUCACAGCGAUUAAAACAUAUAUAGGCAUUUGUUCCAAUGUUUCCAAAAACAAGAGGCGUAUCUUGUGUCACUUUGUGUGGGCUCAGUUAAGGCCAUUAUGAUUAAAUUUUUUUAAUCAAUUAAUCGACACAUAAAUUCGUACAUAAAAUUCCUCAACACAGCAUGGAAGGUGGGAACAUUACUAGUCGAAAAAUAUAUGACUUGCACUUAAUUUAUAUAUAUAUAUAUAUAUAUAUAUAUAUAUAUAUAAAAUAAAUUACGAAAAAUUACAAUAUACGACAAAAAUUACAAUAUAUUAACUGAUUAUGUGCCCAAAAAUGAGCCUCCAUGGCCUCCGCCAUUUCUGACAAUGUCAACAAACACAACUCGUGAGCUUUUAGAAACUUUCCCCUCACAAGGUCGUGAAUACCACAUGAGGGGGGCUUUCAUAUGGACUCUCCUCGUGAACACAAAAUACAAGUAUGAACCUGAAAAUGAGCACGAUAUGGGACCUUUAAGUAUCAUUAUAUUGUUGUGAUUGAUGUGGUUUUGCCUUUGGUUGCUGUAACAAGUUCAAGUACUUCUUCCAUCUCUGUUUGGAUGUUGACGCUUUUAUUCUGAACGAGUCAAACCGGAAGUCGUAUUGUGGAUGCUACCUAGCAACAAGCUAACGGACAACCAGCUACCGUUUGAGCCAUGAUGGACUCCGGCAUGAUCCAGCUGAGGUCGUUCGUUCAUCAGCGGCUGUUCUCCGCAGCAGAGGAGAUCCUCGGAGAGGUGGAGAGAACCGUCACGUUAGCUCUGUACGAAGCCGAAGUUAGUCGCUCUAAAGAGGAGGUGGAGAGUCUGCAACACCAGCUGGACCUGCUGAGACACAAACCAGCUGCAGAGCCUUCACUGACCAGCAGCACAGUGGAACGUGGAGACGGAUGUGAUGCCCCACUGCUGCAGGAGAACCCAGGACCCUCAACACAAGAAGAGCCUAACUUCAGUCUGAGUGCUGAGGUCCCAGGACCCUCUCAAACCAGCGCAGAUCCGGACAGUAAUAACUGUCGGAUGUCAGAGAUAAAAGAAGAGCAGGAGGAACAUGUGGAUGACAGUCAAACACAGGAGAUGGUUUUUCCUUCUCUUGAAAUUGUGAAAAUCGAGCAAGAUCCGCCAGAGACACAAAUAUCAUAUGAGAUGCCGCCAGUUUCCUCAAAAAACUGCUCUGAGGCUCAGAGUGAGAACAAUGACAGCGAUGAGGAGUGGGUGAACAGCAAAGGAGAACAGACCAAAACAAUGAAAAUGAAAGGAAAGAUAUUGCAAAGUGGUAGCGUUAAUGAGAAGGACAAAGUAGCUUUGCCAUAUGACAAAAGUUCUGCUAAAAGUGGAAAGGAUCGCAGUUUUUGCCAUUUGUGUGGCAAGGGAUUCCAGUACGUCGGCUCUUUGAUGAAUCACAUAAAAGCACACGAGAAGAAAAUUGAUUGCAGUGUUUGUGGGAAAACAUACAAGUUUACAAAAGAGCUGAUAGCUCAUUUGAAAAGUUGUCACAACAAAACAUAUUUUUGUGCCGUUUGUGGCGAGACUUUUGCCAAUAUCCGUUGUCUCCAGCUGCAUGAAGUAAGACACAGCACAGGCAUGAAAGAGUUUGUGUGUCAAGAAUGUGGCAAGACAUUUUCCCUAAAAGGGCAUCUGGUUGUUCAUGUGAGGACGCAUUCUGGGGAGAAACCGUAUGUCUGUGAUGUUUGUGGCAAAGGAUUCAGUCAGAGCCAGAGCCUUACAAUUCAUAAAAGAAGUCACUCAGGGGAGAAACCAUAUCAAUGUGACCUUUGUGGCAAACGUUUUAACACUCUCUGUAAUCUCAAAGUGCACAUAAAACGCCAUACCGGAGAAAAAAAGUAUGCAUGUAAUAUUUGCGGUAAAAGUUUUAGCCAAAGGGCAAAUAUGAUUUCACAUAUGACCACACAUUCAGGAGAGAGGCCAUAUGGCUGCCAUACUUGUGGUAUGAGAUACAGGUUUCCACAUAGUCUGAAGGCACACCUGAAAACUCAUGAAAAGGCAGCCGCUGAGUGAAAUCAGUUACAUUAACCAGGCAGGCAGACCAUCUCAGAGCUCAAUUACAAAUGUGCAGAUCAAUUCCGUUUAUGUUAAAUCAGCAUAGCCUGGGUUACGUUCUGUUCAGUUGACCUCUUUUAUGGGACCAGUUGUUGCCAAUUUUGUAAAUUGCAUUAAAUUUUGGGUUAAAUAAACCCUAUUUUUUGAAAACCCA